GGGUGGAUGGACGGGAAGAGGGAGCGCGUGUCGAGGUCGGCUGGUUGGCCGAUACUGAGGAGCCAUGCGGCAGCUCCGCCGCGAACAGUCCACUCAGUUCUUCUUCUCGACCCUCGAGACAAAAUAAUUGGGCCGCGUGACGAGGAGAUUCACAUCGGGUUGCUGCUUUGGGGUGGCGAGACGAGGUUUGUUGACGUUAGUCUGCUGCUAAUUGCUACGUAAUUUGAUAUCAUCGUUUCUGCUGCUGGACAAGGCUUCUUCUCGUUUGAUUCUCACAUUCCACUUCAACUUCUAGCAUCACAAACACACAUACACAUCAAUCACAAUGGCACCUCAAUGGACUGUGGCCAUGGCCUGUGACGACGCUGGCGUCGGCUACAAGAACAAGAUCAAGGCCGACUUUGAGGCCGACCCGCGCGUCAAGGCCGUCGUCGACGUGGGCUCCCACGGCAGCGACGACAAGACACCGUAUCCCACGCGCGCCGCCGCCGCUGCACGCAAGGUGGCCUCGGGCGAGGCGGAUCGUGCGCUCCUCAUCUGCGGCACCGGCCUGGGCGUCGCCAUUGCCGCCAACAAGAUCAAGGGCAUCCGCGCCGUGACCGCCCACGACCCCUUUAGCGUCGAGCGCAGCGUCAAGAGCAACAACGCGCAGGUCCUGUGCAUGGGCGAGCGCGUCAUUGGCAUCGAGCUGGCGAGGAAGCUCGCGAGCGACUGGCUCGACCAUGUGUUUGACCCGGAGAGCGCGAGCGCCAAGAAGGUGGACGAGAUCACGGCGCUCGAGAAGGACAUGUGAGGUCGCAAUGGGUAGACAGAGUAAACAUAGACGAGGGUUCUCUAUAUAAUGUGAUCAAAGCGACUUCUCUUCCUGUAUUCCUUCAAUUGGGUUUGUCCGUGUUGCAGCGUUCGCCAUUAUUUUUCCAUGUCAAUCUACCUACCCUGCAGCCUCAUCGCUGUCGUACACAUGCCCUCAACUCGCGUACGGAGCAGCAAUAGCAAUCACGAGCUCUGGUCAAAUACAGGAUCGCGCCCAGUCACUGAUAGAACCUCCCCUUGCUACAAAGAUGUCUCGACCUGGGUCGCCCAGGCACCGAUGCCGACGCCACGGAUCGUCGGAUUCCCUCAUCUGGCCAGCCCGGCCACGCCGGACCCUGAUCGGCGAAAGCCCCGAUAUAGCUAGACUAAUUACUCCGUAG